GAGUGUGCGAAUGACGAGGGUAGUCUCUACCUCUGGCAGAAGUUUAGUGAUCGUCUGGCCCACGAAUCCGAGUGUCCCCUCUGUCACCGCAACUUUGACAAUGACAAUGACUACGAGGACCUGAAAAACGAGGUGGGCGUCUUUUUUUCCAAACCAAGUUGUCCCUCGGAAUUUGCUGUCCUACAAGAAAGAGAACUGCCUGCCCUUAAAGCUAGAGUUGACUGUUCGAACGCUCGUCUGGAGGAACUAAAAGGUGAAAUUGACAAGGAAACUGCAAAGUUGGAGGUCAUCCAGGCUGACCAGUCCAUUGCCCAAUCACUUCAGGGAGACAUUGCCGUCAUGGAAAAAUUUGAGAAGGAAAUCUCUGAUAUGACCCGGUCCAUUCAGCGUUUGAAGCCCGACAGUACUAGUGAUGGUGGCUACGGUGCAGUAGCUUUUAUUGGGUGGUGCUGCGUUUUCAAGUACUGGCUGUCUCAGUUGUCAGACGUAUAUAUUUUUACUAGAGUAAUGGAUUUCCAAUAUUUAACAAAGGCUCGUCAGCAGUCCCGCAACGGAGAUUGA